AUUAUAAUAGGUUUGUAUUAGAAAAAUUUAUAUAAAUUUUAGUUCAAUAUGAAUGAUGAAGUUUUCAAAAUAAAACCUAAGAAAACACGCAAUAAACAAAUUCGUAAAACUAUCACUGAUAAUGAACCGGAAGAUGACAAUUCUGAAGCCAUAGAAUGCUUAAAGGAACUUCAAAAUUUAAGGAAAAAGGCACGUGGAAUAAGUAUUGAAACAAUAAAUACUGCAGAAAUGUAUACGAAAUUUAACAAGUCAUUAGAACAUGACGAUAUGUUCAAGCUUAAACUUGGAGGUUUGGUCGAUUUGUCUCAAUUAUCAAAUUCUCAAAAACAAAAGCAAAAAUCGGAAUUUAUUAAAGACGAUGAUACAAUUGAGUUAGAAAUAGGAACCGGUUUUUCCAAAGAAACUAAUAGACGAGAUGAGGAUGCAGAAAUGAUGAAAUUUAUCGAAAUAGAAUUGGAAAAAAGAAAGGGUAAGGCUGAAGAUAAAAGUGAAGAUGCUAACGAACGAAAAUUUUUGCUACACCCAAACGACGCGCUAUAUUACGUAUCAGAUCAUCUUAAAAAAUCUUACGUCGAUAAUAAGAAAAAUAAAUCAGAAGAAAUGAUGUCCAAUCAAAUGCUGAGUGGAAUUCCAGAAGUCAAUUUGGGAUUGGAGACAAAAAUAGCAAAUAUCGAAGCUACCGAACUUGAGAAGCAAAAGGUUCUCGAAUCAAAGCAUUCUGACAAAAGCAAACCGUCUUCCUUCGUUCCUGCUAAUAUGGCUGUCAAUUUUGCUCAACAUAAUCGAUUUAAAAUAGAAAAAGAUCAGUCUAAUCUCAAUCCAACUAACCAAAGGAACGCCGAGAUUAUGUCCCGACAACAUUUUUUUGACAAACGAUAUUGCAAUACCAACAGUCCUGCUUCUAUCAAUAAUUCAAAUCAAAAGACGAUAACUAUUCUUAUCCCUGUUAAACCAGAACCUACUGUCUUAAUCGAAUCUGACCACCAUGAUAGUUAUAUCAAGGAAACGAUAGCUAAAGACAUAGAGAGUUUCGUUAUACUAAAAAAUAUUAGUGAUAACGAUUCAAAAAAUGUCGCUAAAGCAGUUAUUAACCCAGUUGUUCAAGUUAUUCAUAAGAGCAAUAAAAAGACAGACUUUUCGCACAAACGCAUCAAUCCAGAAAAGGCUACCGACGAUUUUUAUUUUGAACGCUACAGAAAACAAUUUUCACGUUUUUAAUUUGCCAAACAUUUUAUUAUUAUAAUAAUUUUAAUUUAUAGUAACUGCAUUUUUAAUAAUGGGGAACGA